AUAGUAGUUAAAAUUCGAUCUGACUAUAAUAAAGUCACUAAUUUUGGUAAAGACUUAGCAGCAUAUCGAAAGAUUACUGUGAGGCUAAGCUGCCAAGAUGCGGACAAAAACAAGUUUAUUUUACAUUGUAUUUCUGGCAUAUGUUGUAACCAGAGCAACGUGUUUGACAAAUGCUGGGUUUUAUGAAAUGGUGAAAGAUUAUGUAACGGAUGUAGAAAUCAUAGAACCAAAUGAGGAUUCUGCUUCAUUCGAUGACGUAGAUGAUGACGUCCUUGAAUUGCCAGGUGGUGCAGACGACAAUCUCGAUAUUGAAUUUCUAAUGGAACGACUAGGCGAGCAAAAUGAUGCAGACUACUAUACAGCUGUUGAGGAACAAGACCAGGAAUCUCUAAAGCGUGGCAGCUGUAGAUGUAGACGACACUAUUGCAAAUGCUGCUUGUCAAAGACUUUCAAGGUAAAGGUCUGGAGACGUAGACUAAAGUUCAAAUUGCGAGCAUGCCUCAAAGUCGCCUACAGACGUCGUGGUUUUGAGAUCACAUUCACCAUUAAUGGUCACCGUUUAUGCCACAAAAGAUAUUCCCUGAAACGUGGGGUAUCAUUAUGUUACCGGGUACCACAAUUUCCAGCGGCUAAAAUCUGCCUGGACAUUUAUAACAUAAACUUACGAAGGAAACGUGCUUGUGCAAGACUGACCGGAAAAGUGAAGUUAGGGAAGAAGAGAUUUAGGGUCCAUCUAAAGCUCGGAUGCUUUAGACUUCCGAUUCUGGACGAAGGUAACAUGGAAAGCCCAGUUGGCAGCUCUGAAUAUCCGUCAUUGUACGAAGAAGACCUCGACAUCUUAACCGACGAUUCUCAACAGGAAAUGACGUAUCUCGACGAUGUAAUGGAUGACCCUGAUUCGAAUGAUGAUCUGGAUCUUGAAGACGCUUCGCAGGAUGUUUGGGAGAUGCAGACUAAUGAGGAUGAUUCAUUUGAAGGCAUUGAACAAGACUCCAAACAGCUGAACGAUAUUGAAAGUAACAGUUUUGAGUCUGCUGAUCACCAUGAAAUUGAGGAAGAUGAUGCAGAAUAAAACGAUAUUGAUUUCAGAAAUGUUAUCAGUCUAACACCUUAGACUCUCCAUUUUUCUUUGCUAAAGUUGAUCUAGACAUAGUGAAAGUUAUGUACUUGAAAUAUGCUAUUUCUUUAUUGUACUUCUAAAACGAGGAUGAGGCAUAUCUAAUUUUCAGUGAAAAACAGCUAUUUAUAAAAAAAAGCUCAAGAACUAUGCUAAGUAUUUUCAUUUUCCUAGUACACGUACAUGUAUAGGGUGUUAUCUGCGAAAAUUAUGGAGCUGUGUGCUUCUGUUGGUUCUAUAUUUAUAAGAUUUAAAAUGCCAUGUAAGUCUACCACGUCCGUAUCAAAGGAUUUGGCAUGGGGGUAGUAUUGUUUACCAUACGUGAUUUCCAUGUAAUUACCUGACGAUAAUUUUAUCAUUGAGUUCAUGCAUGGUAUAUUUUUAAAUUUGAAAAGAUGUUAACGAAGCAGUAUUGUAAAUCAGGGGUGUUAAUCUCGGUCGGAAAUUUUAAAACCUGAAUAUUUCGACAGUCCUGCCAUAGAGCCUCAUUUCAAAUUUGGACACAUUUUGCUCAAAGCGGUUUUCAUUUGUUACCAGACCGGCCAAAUUUCUAUUCAUGCCCGAGAACAACGAUUGCUAUAGCCCACUCCACACGAUGAUGACAAAUUGUUGAAGGACAAAAACGUUGUUUCUACGGAAGCGUGGAAGUGCCAAAACGGUUACAUUUAAUUACGCUGCACUUGUCUAAAGGAUAUAGAGAUUAUAAUUGUUUCAAAUUAAGCUAGAGGAUCCUCCGUUAGCAAAAUCAUAAUUAGUGACAUAACCUCGAGACUUUUUUAUGCCUUUUCCGAAUGCUUUCCUUCAGUUUUUACCCAUUUUGCUCUCGCAUGCCUGUGAUAAAUAUAUUUGAUAUUUUAUUAUAAAAUAGGGUUAUUAAAAUAAUAGUCGAUCUGGCUCAAGUGGAUUUUGUCAGUCGCCGUGUGUGAUCCGUCCUUGCAAAAAUUCCACGACAGCCGAAUACAAAAUCCCAAGUCUAGCUACUGUUGCAAUGACCCUUUUAUUUUAUACCUCAAACUUUUUGUUUGUUUAUUUGUAAUCGAAUGAAACCUUAAAUGUUUGAUGAUGUUAAAAUGAAAUGAGUGAUGGUUUUGUGUAUACUAUUUAUAUAACUGUGUCAGCUCAUGCAUAUUCAAUGAAAGUAGUCUGAUAACAUACACUACAAAAGGUACAAUACGGACUUUUUUUCUGCCUGGUCAUAUUUACUUGUGAAAAACAAUCCGAGUUUUUGACAGAAUUUAUAUUGGUAUAUAAUAAGCGGAUGUAUUACACUUUUGCUUUUUUCAAUAACCCAUAGAAAAUUGUGUACUUAGUAUUUCUGUCUUCAAAACUCAUUGGAGCAUUUUUUUUUACUUUUGAAGACCAUUGCAGUGCCCUUUUCACUAUUUAGCUAUCUUUUAUAGUAUUCUUUUUGAGACAAAGAACUUUCAUCUUAAAGUCUAUAUUUUCAAAUAAAAUUUCUAUUUAGA